UUGGCCUCCUCACUUCAUUUGUGUGGACGUUAAUUAAAAGUUGCAGGAGCCGUCCGCGGGCUGGCGGCCCCCAGCUCCGCUGUGGAGGGGACGCGCGCGGGCCCCCCUCCCCGUCGCCGCCCCGUCUCGUGGCUGCAUCCACUUCGCGCGGGCGGCGCGAUUUAAGGGCUGGGAGCCGAUGGCGAUCUUUAGAGAUCGCAAAACGAAGGGACACCAUGUCCUCGCUGGGAGGCGGCCCGCGGCUGGUGCUGCUCUUCAGCGGGAAGAGGAAAUCCGGGAAGGACUUCGUGACCGAGGCGCUGCAGAGCAGGAGCACGGCUUGGACUUCCAGAGGCUCCUGGACGCCAGCAUCUACAAGGAGGCCUACCGGAGGGAGAUGAUCCUGUGGAGCGAUGAGAAGCGCCAGGCCGACCCCGGCUGCUUCUGCAGGAAGGCGGUGGAAGGCUUCUCCCAGCCGGUCUGGCUGGUGAGUGACGCACGGAGGAUGUCUGAUGUCCAGUGGUUCCGGGAGGCCUAUGGGCCUGUGAUGCAGACGGUCCGUGUGGUGGCCUCGGAGCAGAGCCGACAGCAGCGGGGCUGGGUGUUCACGCCAGGGGUAGACGAUGUUGAGUCCGAGUGUGGCCUGGACAACUUUGGGGACUUCGACUGGGUCAUCGAGAACCAUGGAGAUGAACGGCGCCUGCAGGAGCAGUUGGAGAACCUGCUGGACUUCAUCCACUCCAGACUGUAGUUCCGACUGUAGGGAGCGGCAGGGGCUGCUGGGACCGAGCAGUCUGGCUCCGACUGGUUGCUGACACUGGGCAGUGUGUGGGUCUAGAGUUUCGGGGGGCUGGCAGGUGUCAGACAAGUCAAGACACCUCUUAGACCUCAUUUCUUUGUGGACUAGGCGGCCCUGCCUCUUUGGAGGAGGCUUAAAGGACCGAGUGAGGGGAGACUGGCUGUGCUUAAAGCAGAAAUGUCACCAUCCCCAGGGUGCCCAGCCCGUCCACCUGCGGUGGCCGCACUGCCUCCCAGGGUCCUUUCAGCUCCUCGGUCCGGCAAGAGUGUGGAACGUAAUAAACCUUGUUGCACAUGCUCAGAGCCGGGCAGCUCAUAUUUCCUAGACCCCAGCCUGCGUGGAGCCCCAAGGGGCCUGGGCUGUCCUGGUGGCUGUGGGUUCCCGCUCUGCCUCCCACCGAGGCUGAGACGUAUCCUGCAGACGUGACCUCGGCCUGGGCCAUGCAGGCAACAGGUCUCUUUGUGUUGGAGACAGGAUUGGGGUUCAAGGCUCUCAUCUUCUGUGACGGCCUCAGGAGAGGCUUGAUCCAGAGGGAUGGAGAUCUCAUUGAGGGGCACGGGCUCCAGAGGUCAGAGUCUCCACAUAACCACUGCGUGGCCCUUGGCAGGUCACAUCACUGCGCCUCAGCUUCCCCACGGAGGGCCUUGGACUUGACCCCUUUUCCUUACACAGCCUUACACGGUGUCUAAGCGUCUUGCGGCCUCUUCCCAGCCGCCCUGGGGCGUGGGCAGGAAGAGUAGCUCCAUCUGCAUUUAGCAGUUGCCAAGGACCCAGAAAAGUGAAGCGACUUGCCCAGGGUCAGUGGGAAGCAAAGUCGCAGUGCUCAGACCAGGGCACAGGCCGCCUGAACCCUGACCGUGUCCCCUCUGCUCCAUGCUCCGGGUGCAGUGCAGAGUCCCGGGGCUCCUCGCUGUCCUCCGGCCCUGGCCUUGUGCUGCUCCCCGAGAUUCUGUUCUCACUGAUCAGGGGCCAGCCGAAGAAAACCCACCAGUCCCAGCGCGACCCCAGCUGAACUUCACAUGCUCCCGCCCAGCCUCCUCCCGUUCGGAGCCCCUGUGCCUGACACUAGCCCUGGGCGGCGUGGAGUGCCAGGCCCCUUCCAGCCCACAGACGUUCUCCGUGGCACUGACGGGUUCCCUGGCACCUCAGGGUGCGCCGCUGCCUCUCCCCCAGACUGGAGCUGCUCGUCUUUGUGUCCCCAGUGCCUGGCACCCAGCUGGGGCGGGGACAACUGGGGAUGAGCAAUGAUUACUGGGUGCCUGCCACGACCAGGUGUCAUGUUGGGUGUUUUCAGUACAGCCUUGGAAAGAGCUUUUAGGAUUAAUAAAAAUAAAAAUUAAA